AUGGAUCUUGAUUUGAACCAAGAACCUUUAUACUCUUCCAAUGAUUCGCUGCUGGGACUCACAUCUAUACAGAAUGAAUUAGAAACCACCCAUGGUCGCAUAGAAGAACGUAUCAGGCAGCUUGAAGCAGUUACUUUCAGGGCUAGACAACGACAGAGAUGGAUACGAAGUCACAUUACCCCUCAAACAGUGAGUGUUUCUGUGGAACCUGCUGCCACUAACAUUCGCAGUGAACGUGGAAUGCUUAUUGGGGAGGCUAGUGUUGCUACCGAAGAAAGGAGAGAGGAGAUGAAUAAAUUUGGCAAAAGGAAUAGUACCUAUUUGAUAGCUAAAGCAUUAGGCAGGAAUGGGAAUGGUAAGAAGGCCAGAAGUGAUAGGAGGAGUGUAUUUGACUGUAACAUAUGCCUUGAUAUGGCACAAGAUCCUAUAUUAACUUCUUGUGGACACCUGUUUUGUUGGCCAUGCUUCUAUCCGUUGUCAUAUAUUUAUACAAAUGUGAAGGAAUGCCCUGUAUGUAUGGGAGAGGUUACAGACACAAGCAUUAUUCCAAUUUAUGGCAAUGGAAACAGUAAUGAUAACAACAAGCUCAAGUUGAAGGAGCCUGGCUUGAAGGUUCCUCCUAGGCCUUCUGCACAAAGAGUUGAGAGUGUGAGGCAGCAACUCAUUAAUCGCGGUGUAUUUUCUUCUUCAAUUGAAGAAAGGAUGCGGCAUUUUGGUAAUGUUCUCAUUGCAAUGGGGGAGAUACCUCAGUCAGAGGAUCUUGAUGGUGCUCCUCUUGAUUCUGAGAGAAUCAGUUUCUUGGCAAAUCAAGCCAGUACUUCUGAGGUAUUGCCUUCCCCUGGGGCAGAGGGCAGCCAGCACCACCAUUCUGUUCAAGUUUCAAGGUUAUUGUUUGAAGGAGCUGCUUCAUUGUCCUCCUUUUCAUCUGCAGUGAAUUCUGCAAUGAAUUCUGCAAUGGAAUCAGCAGAAAGAUUAGUUGAGGACCUUGAGGCAUUUUUGCACAGUCAUCGUGGGAGAAGAAACCAUCAACGGUCCUCACGUCCUGCUGAUAGAGAUUCAUUUUCGAGCAUUGCUGCUGUUAUUCAACCCGACAGCCAGAACCUGGAUACUGUUGCUGAUGCUGAUUCUACGUUGCCUCAUUCUGCUUCAUCUUCCAGGCCUGAUGAUGCUGCCACUGUUUCACAAUUGGAAAGCCAUAGAAUCAAUACUGCUACAGAAAGCAAUUCUACUGCUCCCAUUUUGUCAUCUUCUAGGAGAAGAAAUUUAGUUUCUAGGCUUUCAGAAGUGGACAUUAGUGCAGAAACAAAUUCACCAUCUUCCAGGAGAAGGACUGAAGUUCCCAGAGUUUCAGAUGCGGGCAAUGGACAAAACCGUGAACGUAGAAGGAGAAGGUUGAACUGA